GUGGACUGACUGCCACGCUCCGCCGACGCGCCUUAAAGUAGGCAACAACAACAAGAACUCGGUUAUUUUGCGCAGUAUGGGCUUGCUACGCUGAGUUACUACUUGCUGUCAUGCCAGGAAGCUGAGGUCCACAGGCAGUUCGGGAUCUGGACAAGAUGGAGGCCACGCCGGGCUACCAGGACAUCAGCGCCCUGGAAAAAUCGGUGGCCAAUGCAGGAUCGCAGCUGUACACGAUGGCCCACAAGCUGCAUGCGGUGGAGCGCAGCCUCGAGCAGACGACGAUGGAGCAGAUGGACGAGAUGGAGGUGCUCGAGUUGCUCGAGUCGAUGAGCGAGGUGACCAACGAGUACCAGAAUCUGCGCAAGGACAUUCGCGAGGUGCAGCAGUUGCAGCGUGACGUCAGCAGCUCCAUACGGUACCAAAUGCGCAGCAUGCAGCAGACUUUCCACACGCUAAAACAGCGCAUAGCCAGCUCCCAGAAGGGUCGCAAAAAGCCAAAGAAAGGCCUCGAUGGAGCUGCAGCUGGAGCUGGAGCAGGGCAUGGGAUUCAUGAAUAAUCAAUGACCUCAUAUUGAUUGGCCUCCCUGGCGAAUAGGUGCGGUAAAUUUAAAUGUGUCAAGGGGGACGCUAAUGUAGGGACUAAAUUGACACCAAUCUGAAGCAAUCAACUGUGUAACUAUAUAUCGCAAACCCACUCCAAGCAUUUAGACUCGGAAACAGGUCCUAUACUUUAUAUACAUGUAUACACUUGAAGAAAUCCCCACCCAAUUGUAUGCGCAUAGGGUGUUUUUUUUUUGUUUUUUGUGGUGUUUCAUUCCAGUGAUAGACAGGAAUAUUGAAAACUCACUGCUAUAAGAACACAAAAACACAAUGCUUAACAUAGAGUAAACACCAUGUACGAUGAAUUGGAAUGUCUGAAUGUCAGAAUGCACUUUUCCAAAUUUUGCCUUAACAUAAUAGUAUUUUGAGGUAGUUUUUGAUACGACACGUUUUAAAAAGUAAUAUAUAGCAUAGCAGACCGUACAUAUUUAGGCCACACACAAUGAUUAUUCUUGUGUUCGUUUCACUUUUGGAGAUUUAUUUG